UCCUGAACUCUGACAACAAAGGAAGAAAGAAAGCCCAGACGUGGCACCCAAAGCUGCAACAGCUAUAGCGACUUUCUUCUCCUCUUCUGCUUUACAUUUGCUGCACGGACGCAAGCUCAACCGCUCACUCUCUCUCCCUCUCUGCGUAUUUGUUCAAGGGGCAGAGACUUCGAUGAUCCACCUCCGCUGUUGCCUUUGUUGCAGUAUUUGUGAUUGCUGAUUAGAAUCCUCUUUUCUCUCAAAGUUGACUUAUCAAAUUCUGAUCAUGGCCAUGGAUGUUUCAUCCUUGCAAAAUAUCUUGUCAAUUGCUACUUGCCUAUGAACAUGGAAACUUGCAAAUUUUCAGUUCUGAAGCCAAGAAUCUAAAAGCAAGUUAUGUUGAUUCCUGUGAAAGACAUGGGGUCCUACCUAAUGCUGCGAUUUUAUCUGGCUUCUUCAAGGCUGAGGUCAAAAAGACUUGCAACGAAUUAUGUAGCUUGGACAUAUUCUUGGACCAACUUAAUGAUUUUGACUUUCCUCCUCUUCUCGAUGUUUGUUUGUCAAUUGAAACUUCUGAGAUUGAAGCUGUUGACAUACAUAAUGGAUCAUCACGUGUGUUGAAUGGAGACUAUGCUUUAUCUUUGAUGCGUGCAUUUAAUCAAAAGCUUCGAGUGGUAGAUCUUCAGGAUUCAUUGUAUGGAAAGGACUUCUUAAGGGAACUCUCUCAAGGAGGGUUGACAUGCCAAGUUUUAAACUUGAGAUCUUCACGUUUCCGAAAGCUCAACAUGGCAGGGGAAUUCAUGCGAAUAUGCACCCUUAAUCUUGAUUUCAAUACCUCACUUUCUAGCUUCCGCGAGGAUUGUUUUACUUGCAUGCCCAAUCUAAGUUGCCUAUCAAUGUGUGCAACAAGAGUUGCAAAUUUAUGGACAACCAUUGCAGCACUUUCUAAACUCUCGUCUUUGGUGGAGCUGAGGUUUCAAAAGUGGAUGUGCUGUAAUGAGGCUGGGUCUUCUUCGGCACCAUCUGGUGAUAAGUCAGAUUAUCAAUGUGAAUUUGGUCAGAUGAGCAGUUUUUCCAACAAUGAAGCACUGCCCAUUGUUAGAAGUGAGCAAACAGAUUUUAACUUGGGCACAGAAGAGGCACUCAGGAAUAUGUUCUCUUUCAAUGAUGUAACAAUAAAUCAAGAAGUUCAAAGCAUGAUGGAAGAUUCAUCAGAUGACAGUGAAGUGGAUUUUUCAACUCACUGGCAGGAAUUUGAGUACAUGGAUUCAUUGUCUAAUGAAACUUCAGCGCGGAACAGACAAAUCAAUGUGCAGAAUGAGGUGUCUUUUGGUACUAUGUGCAAUCACAGUGAAGAAUCCUUGGCAGGUGCUUUUACAAGGCAUAUUGCAGAUGUUGCUUUGAAGUAUAUUUCAUGUCAUGCUUCGCCCAUAUGCUAUGAGAAGCAUUAUAAAGAAUACAUGAUAGCUUCAUUGCCCCAUUUGAAAACUUUAGAUAACUUGCCAAUAAGAAAGAUUGACAGGGAAAGGGCUGCUGUUACAUAUUCACAAUAUUUUGAGUACUUACCAUACAAUCGAAAAUAUAAAGAGAGUGUUGUUCAUAUUUUGAAUAAGCGUGAAAUAAAGGAAAGUCGUACUUCUUUGCAGACUAAGAACCAUAAGCCUUCAUAUCCUUGCAGAAACUCACAAUCCUUCUAUACCCGAUCUUUUUGUGCUGCUAAAGUGAGUUCUUCAGCUUGGCCUUCUUUGCAUCCACUUUCUGUGUCAGGUGGUGAUUUGGGGGGUGGAAGAAGGAGCUUUCGACCAAGACAGUUUGAGUAUCAUCCUUCUAUCUCUAGCCUUUUGGUAUUUGGAACUUUAGAUGGUGAGGUAGUUGUUGUCAAUCAUGAGAAUGAUAAAAUAGUUAGUUAUGUGCCCUCACUUGGAGCGAUGAACAGUGUAUUGGGGCUAUGCUGGCUCAAGAGUUAUCCAUCCAAGCUCAUAGCUGGUUCUGAUAAUGGCUCACUGAAAUUGUAUGAUGUUGAGCAUAUGAUCCCAACACGUACAGGCAUGUGUUCAGGUGCUGGCUCAGUCACCUUUGAUGAUUUUGACCAGUUGACAUCUGUUCAUGUUAAUGCUACGGAUGAGCUAUUUCUUGCAAGUGGAUACUCAAAAAAUGUUGCUCUGUAUGACAUCAAUUCUGGAAGGAGAAUACAGAUGUUCACUGAUAUGCACAGGGAACACAUCAAUGUGGUGAAGUUCUCAAACCAUUCCCCAUCAGUUUUUGCUACUUCUUCAUUUGAUCGGGAUGUCAAACUAUGGGACUUGAGACAGAGACCAAUACAGCCUUGCUAUACAACUUCAAGCUCUAAUGGAAAUGUGAUGGUUUGCUUUUCUCCAGAUGAUCACUAUCUUCUUGUGUCUGCUGUUGACAAUGAGGUUCGACAACUUUUGGCCGUUGAUGGGAGGCCACACUUGAAUUUUGAGAUAUCACCAACUGCAAGUUCACAGAAUUAUACUCGCUCCUACUACAUGAAUGGAAGGGAUUAUAUUAUAAGUGGGAGUUGUGAUGAACAUGUGGUCCGUGUCUGCUGUGCUCAAACUGGAAGGCGUCUCAAAGACAUAUCUUUGGAGGAUUGAAAGGAAGUUCUUGCAGAUCAUAAAUGGAAGGGAGCAAUGAUUGAAGAGAUGAAUGUACUGGCCAAAAAUGAGAUUUGGAAGCUUGUGACUCUCCCACCUGAGAAGAAAUUUGUUGGCUGCAAUUGGUGUUCACUGUGAAAUACGAAGUAGAUGCAUCAAUUGAAAGAUUCAAUCCUAGACUAGUGGUCAAGGGACACACUCAUACCUAUGUAGUGCAUUACCAGGAGACAUUUGCCCCUAUUGCUAAAGUGAACUCAAUCAGAGUAUAGCUAUCUUGUGCUGUCUACUUUGAUUGGGAUCUACAACAAUUUGAUGUGAAAAUGCAUUCCUCAAUUGAGAUUUGGAGGAGGAAGUGUAUAUGGAAAUCCCUCCUAGAUUUACUGAUGAAAAAACACAAGGAAAGGUGUGUAGGCUAAAGAAGGCUUUGUAUGGGUUGAAGCAGUCACCUAGAUUUUGGUUUGAUCGAUUCAGUAGAGCUAUGAUUUCCUUUGGCUAUCAACAGAGCAAUACUGAUCAUACCCUAUUUAUCAAACAUUACAAGGAUAAAAUUACUCUUCUUAUAGUUUAUAUUAAUGACAUAGUAAUGACAGAGGAUGACAAUAAAGAGAUGACUCGGCUGAAAAAGUUUUUAGCUUAGGAGUUCAAAAUUAAAAAUCUAGAAAAACUGCAAUAUUUCUUGAGAAUCGAGGUUGCCAGGUUAAAGAAGGAAAUUUUUAUUUUUCAGAAAAAAUAUAUUAUGGAUCUUUUAGAAGAAGCUGGUAUGUUAGGUUGCAAACCAGUAGAAACUCCCAUUGAGAGCAAUCACAAGCUAUAAGCAGGGAUUGGUGAAUCAGUGGAUAUCUAUCAAGGAUUGAUAGGCAGAUUGAUUUAUCUUUCGCAUACUUGACCAGACAUAGCAUAUGCAGUCAGCUUAGUCAGUCAAUUUAUGCAUGAUUCUCGCGAGUCUCGCAUGUAAGCUGUUUUUCGCAUUUUGCGAUACUUGAAGUCUGCUUCUGGAAAAUGUCUCCUAUUCUCUAAACACGAUCAUCUUUGUAUACAUUCAUUCACAAAUGCAGAUUGAGCUAGAUCCCUAGACGAUAGAAGGUCGACUAGUGGUUAUUGCACACUUGUGGAAGGAAACCUUGUCACUUAGAGAAGCAAAAAACAAAGUGUUGUUGUUCGAUCAAGUGCUGAGGCAGAAUAUAGAGUGAUAGCAUAAGGUAUUUGUGAACUCUUAUGGUUGCAGAGAUUGUUUUAGGAAUUGAAAUUAUUGGAGAGGGAGAAACUCCUCUUGUACUGGUUGUCAUCAGUAUAACUUACAAUUCGAUUCAACAUGACCGAACGAAGCAUAUAGAGAUUGAUCGACAUUUCAUUAAAGAGAAGUUAUUAAAUAGUGUCUGGAGGCUAGAUCACGUGACUUUCGAUGAACAACUAGCUGAUGUGUUUACUAAAGGGAUCAGCAACAAGAUCUAUCAUAUCUUGGUCAUGUGUGAUAUCUAUGCAUCAACUUGAAGGGAAGUAACAUAGAAAGUUCCUAAUUAGGAGAAUUCAAAUUUUUGGGAUCUUAAUUAGGCUUGUUUUAAGGGAUUUUAUUCUUAUUGUAAAUAUUUCUAAUUUAGGUUGAUUCUUUAUAUAUAAAUACUGAAACUUUGUAAAAAUCAGUUCAAUUGGAAUAGAAUAAAAAUUCUCUCCUAAAAUUCUUCAAAUUCAAUGGCUACCCCACCCGAAUAAUUAAACAUUCUAUAAUUAUGUAUAGUAUCUAUUUUUCAAAUUAUGUGUUAAAUCAUUUAUUGGUACAGUGAAGUAAAAAAAUUUAAAAUGAUAUAAUUAUGAAAAAUUUAAAAUAGGUUUUCAAUAAUAAGUAACAGUUAAGUUGGUACCUUGUUGGAGUUGGCUUUAUAUUAUUUCAUGGUUUCUUGGUCUUUGUCCUGGAUGACAGUUUUAUGUUUUCAUACUUUUAUGAUCCUCCCAGAUUAUAGUUUUAUGUUAUCAUAUUUUAUGUUCUGAAGUGAUCAAACUAUAAGAGUUUAUUCAAAAGGAUCAAGGUUAGAGGAAAAAGAGUUGUUCAAUUGAAUUUUAACCAUAAAUGUCCUUUCAUUAACCAGUAUUGAUCUUAUGCCAAAGUGGGUUUGGGUUACAUUUUAAAACUAACAUGAUUAGCUUUUCGUUCUCAUGUAUGUUUUCAUAUUAUAU